AUUUAUUCGGUUAUUAGUUUUUCGGUUCGGAUGAAUAUUUUCUGCAACUGUGAGACUUGUCAGGCUUAUCUCACUUCAAGCUGGUCCAAACAUUUCGAUAAUCUUUGUGAUUGGUAUGCUCAUCUUCUCCGAAACUCUCCUACUAAAACCAUCCACAUACACGUGCUUGGAAACACUAUCACCGCGAACCCAGACAACGUUGAGUACAUGCUGAAGACAAGAUUCGACAAUUACCCAAAAGGAAAAACCUUUUCCACAAUUUUGGGUGAUUUUCUGGGCCGAGGUAUCUUCAACGUGGACGGUGAAUUAUGGAGCUUUCAAAAGAAGAUGGCAAGCUUGGAACUCAACAAGCAAUCCAUAAGAUCCUUUGCCUUUGAGAUUGUCAAAUUCGAAAUCCAACAUCGACUUGUCCCACUUUUAUUAUCAAAGCAAGAUGAUGAUGAUGCUUUGGAUUUGCAAGAUGUUUUUAAGAGGUUCACGUUCGACACUAUUUGUAGAUUCUCCUUCGGGUUAGAUCCUAUGUGUCUAGAACUCUCUUUGCCCAUAUCAGACUUUGCUCUUUCCUUUGACUUGGCAUCCCAAUUGUCCGCGGAGAGAGCAACAACAGUGUCCCCUCUCAUUUGGAAAAUCAAGAGGUUGCUCAAUCUAGGUAGUGAGAAGAGGCUACAAGAAGCUCUUACAAUGAUCAAUAUCUUAGCCAAAGAGGUCAUAAGGCAAAGAAGAAAAAUGGGGUGUUCAACUCACAAAGACUUAUUGUCUCGGUUCAUGAGUACAGUCAAUGAUGACAUAUACUUAAAAGACAUUAUCAUAAGCUUCCUACUAGCUGGCCGUGACACUGUGGCUUCAACACUCACAAGCUUCUUAUGGCUUUUGGCAAAACACCCAAAAGUAGAGUCAUUGAUUCGGCUAGAAGCAGAGAAGAUAAUUGGACCAGAUAACAAGAAGCUUGCAAGCUUCGAAGAGCUGCAACAACUGCACUAUUUACAAGCAGCAACAUAUGAGAGCAUGAGAUUGUAUCCCCCGAUUCAAUUCGAUUCCAAGUUCUGUUUAGAAGAUGAUGUGUUACCUGAUGGGACAUCAGUGAAGAGUGGAACUAGGGUUACUUACCAUCCAUACGCCAUGGGUCGGUUGGAGGAAAUAUGGGGUCCAGAUUGUUUAGAGUUCAAGCCCGAAAGGUGGUUGAAAGAUGGAGUGUUUUACCCUCAAAGCCCAUUUAAAUACCCGGUUUUUCAAGCAGGGUUGAGGGUGUGUUUAGGCAAAGAAAUGGCUCUGCUGGAGCUUAAAAGUGUGGCACUUUUAUUGCUUCGACGGUUCCAUGUUCAAUUGGUUGCACCCCAUAGUGGAUCCCCACGUUUCUCUCCUGGCCUCACUGCCACUUUUAGUUCCGGCCUUCCCGUAAAGGUACGUGAACGAGGAUAA